CUUUGUUUUUCAACCACACAGCAUUAUAUUCGCACUGUGUACUUCGCUUUGCGACGCAUGUUGCAUGUUAAUUCUAGUUACUAGCAAGCAGCACGUUGAAACGUCGGCAGUACUUGGAUUGCCCAUGAUUAAAUUAGGAUAUUCGACGUCUACCCGGAUUGGGCACCGAAGAUUUACGCGACGACGACCCUGACGGUUACCCACAUGGCGCCCUCCUUCUUGACACCCGAGACCACCCGAGGGCAGUGGCUUCCGUCAUGCAUGCCUACAUGCCCUUACACCUUUCCCGUCACCUUGCUCGUCACCUCAACACCCAUCGCAGCUGUCCUAACACUGAUUCCCUUCCCUUUUGGUCCGCCCUCUGCAGCCGGCUGGGCAGCAUGGCUCCUGGCAUUGGGUACUGCGGCCCAGGGGAGCUGCUGCUUCGCUGACGCGCCCAGUCAGCAGGGUUCCGAGGCGCCAGCAGGAGGUGCGCCCGGCACCGGUGCCAGCGGUGAGGCCGCGCCCACGCCGCUGACCAACCACCCUCUGGAGUACGAUCCGGUGACCAAUGAGCACACGGCCAAGAUGACGAUGGCGCGUACGGCAGCCCUGGAGUACUACAACGCGGGAAAGUACACGCAGGCUGAGGCCAAGUUCCGCGAGGCGGUGGAGGAGGCGCAGCUGGGCUUCGAGGCGGCCGACCCGCACAUCGCCUCCGCCAAGAACAACCUGGCGGAGUUCCUGCGCAACGUGGGCCGCUGGGACGAGGCGGAGGCGCUUUACAUGGAGGCCCUUGACCUGUUGGAGCGCAACUACGGUGAGAAGCACUGGCUCUACGUCUCCGCGCUGCACAACCUGGCCCUCAGCUACGAGGCGCGCGGCGACCUGGGCGCGGCGCGCUCCACCAUGGAGCGUGUGCUGGCGCUGCGGCUGGCCAUGUUCGGGCCGCGACACUUCCUGUAUGCGGACUCGCUGUUUGCGCUGGGCCACAUGCUGCGGGCGGUGCCGGGGCAGGGUGCUGCGGCGCUGAGCAUGAUGGGGGAGGCGGUGAGGCUGCUGGAGGAGGCAGAGAAGGUGCAGGUCAAUGUGGUACUGCACUGGCUAACGGAAAUGGCCAGCUGCCACAACGCGGACGGCAACCCGCAGGAGGCGGCGUCGGCGCUGCGCCGCGCAGUGGCGCACUUUGCGACGGAACGCGGCGACGACGCGGCGGCGGCGUCGGCGCUGAAUGAACAGCUCAUUGAGGCGCUGGCGGCGGCGGGCAAGCCGGCGGCAGCGGCGGAGGUGGCGGCGGCGGCGCUGGCGGCGCGGCGGCGGAUGUUUGGUGAGGGAGCGCAGGUGGUGGCGCAGACGGAGCUUCGAGUGGCGCAUUUCCAACUGCUGGCUGCGCAGGCUGGUGAGCCGGCGGCGGCUGCCGAGGGUGCUGGUGCCGGCGAGGGCCCGGGCCCCGCGCUGCGGGCGCUGCAGCACGCGGAGGCUGCCGCCCGCAUCAGCACUGCCACCGUGGAGGAGUGUAGCAAGCGGGGGCUGCUGUCGGGGCCGCCGCCGGAGAGGUUGCUGAUGCGGCUGCGUGCGGCUCACACGCUGGGUAGCGCCGCCAAGCUGGUCGCCACGCUGGCAGGAGUGGGCGACCCGGCGGCCCUGGCAGCGGCCGCCACCGCCGCCGCCUCAGCACCCUCAGCUGCCACAACUGCCACCGCAACGGAAGCACCUGCAGCGGCGGUGCCUGCCACCACCACCAGCACCUCCUCCUCCUCCUGGUCCUCCUGGUGGCCCUUUGGGCGGGGAUCCAAGGGCGCCAAGACGGCGGGCGAGGGGCAAAGCGAGGAGCAGCAGGGACAGCAGCAGACGGCGGGUCCCAAGGCUCCCGCGCUGCCGCUGCCGCCCGCGGAGCCGGUUGCUGAGCUGGCACUGGCGGACCGGCGGCUGGAGCAGGCGGCGGCGGUGCUGGGGGCCGCGGCGCAGGCGGGGCAGGAGCUGCUGCAGGCCGUCGGCUCGGGUCGGCGGCAGCUGCCUCGCGGCGUGAGCAGCGACGAGGUGGCCGGUCUGCUGGUGGAGGCGCAGCUGCAACUGCUGGACGUGUUGGAGCGGCUGGGGCUGGUGCUGCAGGCGCGGGUGGCGGCGGGGCAGGGCGCG